AUGUACGGCAAGUGCUCCAGCUCGCUUGAGGGCUUUGUCCAGGGCUCCUCCAACUGGUGCAAGUUCGGCGGCCUUGGCUCGUGGCCCAGCUUUCCCAAUGAUAAGGCCAAGAAAUGCCUCAAGUUUGGCCGUUCAACCAUCUACCGAGGCCCGAUCUACGGCUCAUCUCCUGGCCACAAGGCUGCCUGCAACAAGUGGCUUCAUGGUGACGAUAAAUAUGCAAUGGUGGCUGUCUCCACCAAGUACUUGAAGACCUACCAGGGCGGUUGGGCCGGCGACAAAGGCGCGUGCGGCAAGUGCAUGUGCAUCCGCCUGCACGGUGGCGACGACAAAUUCAAUGCUGGCCUGCAGAAAGAGUCUGUCAAGCGUCACCUCGGCCUCACCUUCAUGGGCAAGGUUGCUGACCGCUGUGGCGAGUGCGAGGACGACCAUAUUGACUUGCUGCAGGACCGUCCUCUCACCUUCGCGCCGUUCGACCCUCGGUCUGAGUCCAACAACUACAAUGCCCCAUACGUCAAUGCCAAGGACGGCCUGCGCGGCUUCAGCGACCCCAGCUACAUGCGCGGCUCCGCCCUCAGCCUGGAGAAUGCGGGUGCCUGGACUGUAGACUGGCAGUGGGUGCCCUGCAGCUGGAGCCACAACAAGUGUGCCAACAUGAUGCGCAAUAUGGGUUACGGCAACGUGUGGACUCCCAAGAAGGUUGAGGGCGUGGACAGCUUCAGCAUGCGCCCCAUCAGCCAGCUGCGCGGCACCAACAACGACCGCCUCUUCAAGGAGCCCUGGUCGUAA